AUGGGCGAAUUCUACGACGACAUCAGCGAGAACCACGCCGAAUGGAUCAAGAAACAAAAGGUCAUAUUUGUAGGCACCGCACCCUUGGACCCCAAGGGAAAAGUCAACCUCUCCCCCAAGGGCUAUGAUUGCUUCCGUAUCAUCUCUCCUAAUCAGGUCUGCUACCUCGAACUCACAGGCUCAGGAAUCGAGACUCAAAGUCACGUAGAAGAAAACAACCGGAUCACCAUCAUGUUCUGCGCCUUCGAAGGCGCACCCAGGAUCAUGCGCCUCUUCGGCACAGGCACCGUCCACCGCGUCGGCUCCCCUGAAUUCCACACCCUCUUCAACAACCACUACACCAGCGACAAUUGUGAUAUUCGCGACAGUACUGGGAAACGCUCCAUCAUCGUCGUGGACGUGUACAAGGUCGGAUCGUCCUGUGGGUACGGAGUACCGUUUUAUGAUUACAAAGGGUCCCGUCCAACGUUGACGAAUUAUUGGGGCAAGAAGUCGGAAGAUCAGGUGGUGGAUUAUUGGGUGAAGAAGAAUACGACUAGUUUGGAUGGGUUGCCCGGGAUGCGGCAUUUGAAGAUGGGUGAGAAGUGGGUGCCCACCUCGAAGGGUGGGAGGAAGGUGACGGUUGUAGGAGGGGAGGAAAUGGAGUCGUGGUGGGAGUUGGGGUCUGUGUGGGCGAAUGCAACGCUUGUUGCUGCUGGUGCUGGUCUUGGUGCCGCUGUUGCUUCUUAUGUCUUCAAGAAGCGUCGAUAA